CCGAGGAAUGAAACUUCCGGUGGUGUGUCAUGGCGGCAUGGCAGAAUAUGCUUGAAGUGAAAAAAUAACCAACCCCCACUGCCGUCCUUCGCUAGCUGGUAUUGGAUUUUUACGUUGAAUAUUAUCAAGAACAGACACAUUUUACUUGGGAUCAGCACGACCGAUUCGCCCUGCCAUGGCGGCACACAAGCCCGUGGAAUGGGUCCAGGCCAUUAUAAAUAAAUUUGAUGAGCAGCUUCCGAUCAAAACAGGACAACAGAGCACCCAUUCCAAAGUCAACACAGAGCACAACAAGGAAUGCCUUAUCAACAUCUCCAAGUACAAGUUCACCCUUGUCAUCAGUGGCCUAACUAACAUAUUAAAAAAUGUGAACAAUAUGCGGAUCUUUGGAGAAACGGCGGAGAAGAACCUUUACCUCUCUCAGCUCAUCAUCCUGGACACGCUGGAGAAGUGCCUGGCAGGGCAACCGAAGGACUGCCUACGUCUGGAUGAGGCCAUGCUGGUGAAACAGCUGCUGCCAGAAAUCUGCCACUUCAUUCACACGUACCGCGAGGGCCACCUCUAUGCCGCCGACCUGCGGGCCUCCGCCUCCGGAGUCCUCUUCUCCCUCAGCUGCAACAACUUCAACGCCGUCUUCAGCCGCAUCUCAACCAGAAUGCAGGAACUCACUGUAUGCUCAGAAGACACUGUGGAUGUCCAUGACAUCGAACUCAUUCAGUACAUAAAUGUGGACUGUACCAAGCUAAAAAGACUGCUACAAGAGACUGUAUUGAAAUUCAAGACUUUGAAGAAACCUGCCCAGCUUUCUGUUAUCAACAGUUUAGAGAAGGCCUUUUGGAACUGGGUGGAUUAUUACCCAGAUGAGUUUACCAUGCUGUACCAGCGCCCACAGACAGACAUGGCAGACUGUGCAGAGAAGCUUUUUGACCUGGUGGACAGUUUUGCGGAGAGUGCCAAGCGUAAGGCUGCUGUGUGGCCACUACAGAUCAUCCUGCUCAUCCUCUGUCCAGAGAUCAUACAGAGCAUCACCAAAGAGGCCAUUGAUGACAGCAAGGCCAACAAGAAGUUGUUCCUGGAUAACUUGCGUAAGGCCUUGACUGGCCAUGGUACCAGUAAACAGCUGACCGAGAGUGCAGCCAUUGCCUGUGUGAAGCUCUGCAAGGCUUCCACCUACAUCAACUGGGAGGACAAUUCUGUCAUCUUCCUCCUGGUGCAGUCUAUAGUCAUGGACCUCAAGGCCUUACUCUUUAACCCAGCCAAGCCCUUCUCGCGGGGGACAGGCAGUCAGAGCGCAGAUGUGGACCUCAUGAUUGACUGCUUUGUCUCCUGCUUCCGCAUCAACCCCCACAACAACCAGCACUUCAAGGUCUGCCUCGCCUCCUCCUCUCCGCAGACCUUCCACUUUGUCCUGGUCAACUCUCUGCACAGAAUCAUCACCAAUUCUCAUUUGGACUGGUGGCCUAAGAUAGACGCCGUGUACUUCUACUCGGGGGAGCUGCGCGCCAUGUUUGCAGAGACGCUGGCCCGAGUGAUGCAGGGGGCCAGUGCACACGCUCCCUUACGCAUGACCACGAGCCAAACAUUCAAAGAGAAGAUGACUACAAGCCUUAAGUUCAAAGACAAGUCCACAGACCUGGACUCCCGCUGUCUGCUGCUGGCCCUGGUCAAGCUUAUCCAUGCUGACCCCAAACUCAUGCUGCACAACCCUGGGAAGCAUGGCCAGGAGAUCCAGAGCAGCACAGCGGAGCUCAUCAUUGGGCUGGUGCAGCUGGUGCCCUACACCAACUCCGCUGAGAUCUCCCCAGAGGCCAUGGAGGCAUUGUUAGUGUUGCACCAGCCUGAAACCAUUGACUUGUGGAACCCUGACGCCCCCAUCGAGGCAUUCUGGGACAUCAGUUCCCAGAUUCUCUGCUUCAUCUGUAAGAAGCUCAUCGGUCACCAGAUGAUCAACAGCACAGAGAUCCUGAAAUGGCUACGGGAGAUUCUCAUCUGCAGGAACAAGUUUCUCCUGAAGAACAAGGAGAGUGCCACAGUAGGCAGCGGUAACUCGUCGUGUAAAGAGGCGCAGACCAAACUGGAGGUGUGCCUCUACACGUUCCUCUGGAGCCAGGACAUGGAGGCCGUGCUGGUGGCCAUGUCCUGUUUCCGCCACCUGUGUGAAGAGGCUGACAUCCGCUGCGGUGUGGACGAGGUGCCGGUGCAGACCAUCCUGCCCAACUACAACACCUUUAUGGAGUUCGCCUCGGUCAGCAACAUGAUGGCCACAGGCCGUUCUGCCCUGCAGAAAAGAGUAAUGGCACUGCUCCGCAGAAUAGAACAUCCUACCGCUGGCAAUACUGAGGCCUGGGAAGAUACUUAUGCAAAAUGGGAUCAAGCAACCAAGCAGAUUCUCAAUCAUCCAAAAAACAAGGUGGAAGAUGGACAGGAGUGGAUCAACAUGACUGGAUUCCUGUGUGCCUUGGGUGGGGUGUGCCUUCAGCGGCGCAACACGCCUGCCCCGGGCACCUACAGCCCCCCCAUGGGCCCGCUGAGUGAGCGCAAGGGCUCCAUGGUCUCCAUGGGCUCAUGCGAGGUGAGCAGCGAGACGUCGCUGGGCCGCUUCCUGGACCGGCUGCUGUCGCUGAUGGUGUGCAACCACGAGCGCGUGGGCCUACAGAUCCGCAACAACAUCAAGGACCUGGUGGGGCUGGAGCUGAGCCCGGCGCUCUACCCCAUGCUCUUCAACAAGCUCAAGAACAGCAUCGGCAGGUUCUUUGAGAUGCAGGGGCCGGUCCCCAUUAAUGACACCAACACUCAGUUUGUAGAGCAGACUAUCGCCAUCUUGAAGAACCUGCUGGAUAGCCAUACAGAGGGCAGCUCGGAGCACCUGGGCCUAGCCAGCAUAGAGACCAUGAUGCUCAAUUUGGUCAGGUACGUGCGUGUACUGGGGAACGUGGUCCAUGCCAUCCAGAUCAAGACUAAGCUGUGCCAGCUGGUGGAGGUGAUGAUGGAGCGGAGGGAUGACUUGUCCUUCUGCCAGGAGAUGAAGUUCAGAAACAAGAUGGUGGAGUACCUGACGGACUGGGUGAUGGGUACAUCAAAUCAAGCAGCAGAUGACGACAUCAAGUGUUUGACACGGGACCUGGACCAGGCCAGUAUGGAGGCAGUGGUGUCGCUGCUGGCAGGGUUACCGCUGCAACCAGAGGAGGGAGACGGAGUGGAGCUCAUGGAGGCCAAGUCCCAGCUCUUCCUCAAAUACUUCACUCUCUUCAUGAACCUGUUGAACGACUGCAGUGAGGUGGAGGACGAGGGCCAGCAGGUGGCGGGGAGGAAGCGUGGCAUGUCUCGCCGCCUGGCAUCGCUGCGUCACUGCACUGUCCUCGCAAUGUCCAAUCUGCUCAAUGCAAAUGUGGACAGUGGUCUUAUGCACUCGAUUGGGCUGGGCUACCAUAAGGACUUACAGACACGUGCCACCUUCAUGGAAGUCCUGACCAAGAUCCUGCAGCAGGGCACAGAGUUUGACACUCUGGCUGAAACUGUUCUGGCUGACCGCUUUGAACGGCUAGUGGAACUCGUCACCAUGAUGGGGGACCAAGGGGAGCUACCCAUUGCUAUGGCGCUGGCCAAUGUGGUGCCCUGCUCUCAGUGGGAUGAGUUGGCUCGGGUGCUGGUGACGUUAUUUGACUCGAGGCACCUGCUGUACCAGCUGCUGUGGAACAUGUUCUCUAAAGAAGUAGAGCUGGCCGACUCCAUGCAGACGCUCUUCAGGGGGAACAGCCUGGCGAGUAAAAUCAUGACCUUCUGUUUUAAGGUGUAUGGGGCAGCAUAUCUACAGAAACUUCUGGAACCUCUUCUCAGAGGGGUGAUCACCACACCAGAGUGGCAGCAGAUUAGCUUUGAAGUGGAUCCCACCAGACUAGAACCAAUGGAGAACCUAGAGGAGAACCAGAAGAACCUUCUACAGAUCACAGACCGCUUCUUCCUAGCCAUCAUCAACUCCUCCAGCGAGUUCCCUCCCCAGCUACGCAGUGUCUGCCACUGUCUCUAUCAGGCUACUUGCCACUCUCUACUGAAUAAAGCCAGAGUUAAAGAGAAAAAGGAAAACAAAAAAUCAGUGGUGAGCCAGCGUUUCCCUCAGAACAGCAUUGGUGCGGUGGGUAGUGCCAUGUUCCUGCGCUUCAUCAACCCUGCCAUCGUGUCCCCUUAUGAGGCUGGCAUCCUGGACAAGAAACCUCCACCCAGGAUAGAACGGGGGCUCAAACUUAUGUCUAAGAUACUACAAAGCAUCGCCAAUCAUGUCCUAUUCACUAAAGAGGAACACAUGAGGCCUUUUAAUGACUUUGUGAAGAGCAACUUUGAUGCAGCCAGACGGUUCUUCCUGGACAUUGCCUCAGACUCACCCCCUAGUGACUCAGUCAAUCACAGCCUGUCUUUCAUUAGUGAUGGGAAUGUCCUUGCCUUGCACCGCCUCCUAUGGAACAAUCAGGAGCGAAUUGGCCAAUACCUUUCAAGCAGCAGAGAUCACAAAGCAGUUGGUCGGAGGCCCUUUGACAAAAUGGCGACUCUCCUGGCUUACCUAGGCCCUCCAGAACAUAAGCCUGUGGCUGAUACUCACUGGUCCAGCCUUAACCUCACUAGCUCCAAGUUUGAGGAGUUUAUGACCAGGCACCAAGUUCAUGAAAAGGAGGAGUUCAAAGCCUUAAAGACCCUCAACAUUUUUUACCAAGCUGGGACCUCAAAGAGUGGGAACCCCGUGUUCUAUUACGUGGCACGGAGGUUCAAAACAGGCCAGAUCAACGGUGACCUCCUCAUCUACCACGUGCUGCUGACCCUCAAGCCCUACUACGCCAAGCCCUACGAGAUUGUUGUGGAUCUGACCCAUGUAGGCCCAAGCAACCGCUUCAAGACGGACUUCCUUUCCAAGUGGUUUGUGGUCUUCCCGAACUUCGCCUAUGAGAACGUGGCCGCCGUGUUUGUGUACAACUGCAACACGUGGGUGCGCGAGUACACCAAGUACCACGAGCGGCUGCUCACGGGCCUGAAGGGCAGCAAGAAGCUGCUGUUUAUCGACUCGCCCGCGCGGCUGGCCGAGCACAUCGAGCCAGAUCAACAAAAGCUGCCUGCUGCCACACUCACCCUAGAGGAAGACCUGAAGGUGUUCCAUAACGCACUCAAGCUGGCGCACAAGGACACCAAAGUGUCCAUCAAGGUGGGCUCCACGGCGGUACAGGUGACCUCGGCGGAGCGGACCCGCGUCCUGGGCCAGUCGGUGUUCCUCAACGACAUCUACUACGCCUCGGAGGUGGAGGAGAUCUGCCUGGUGGACGAGAGCCAGUUCACGCUGACCAUCGCCAACCAGGGCACGCCGCUCACCUUCAUGCACCAGGAGUGCGAGGCCAUCGUGCAGUGCAUCAUCCACAUCCGCACGCGCUGGGAGCUCUCGCAGCCCGACUCCAUCCCCCAGCACACCAAGAUCCGGCCCAAGGACGUGCCGGGGACGCUGCUCAACAUCGCCCUGCUCAACCUGGGCAGCUCGGACCCUAGCCUCAGGUCAGCAGCCUACAACCUCCUCUGUGCCUUAACCUGCACGUUUAACCUGAAGAUCGAGGGCCAGCUGCUGGAGACGUCUGGCCUCUGCAUCCCGGCCAACAACACCCUCUUCAUCGUGUCCAUCAGCAAGACUCUGGCGGCCAAUGAGCCCCACCUCACCCUGGAGUUCCUGGAGGAAUGCAUCUCGGGCUUCAGCAAGUCCAGUAUUGAGCUGAAGCACCUGUGUCUGGAGUACAUGACCCCCUGGCUGCAGAAUCUGGUGCGCUUCUGCAAGCACAACGACGACGCCAAGCGCCAGCGGGUCACCGCCAUCCUGGACAAACUCAUCACCAUGACCAUCAACGAGAAGCAGAUGUACCCGUCCAUCCAGGCCAAGAUCUGGGGCAGUCUGGGACAGAUAACAGACCUGUUGGACGUGGUGCUGGACAGCUUCAUAAAGACCAGCGCCACCGGAGGCCUGGGCUCCAUCAAGGCCGAGGUGAUGGCCGACACUGCCGUGGCCCUGGCCUCUGGGAAUGUGAAGCUGGUGUCCAGCAAGGUGAUCGGCCGCAUGUGUAAGAUCAUUGACAAGACGUGCCUGUCGCCGACGCCCACGCUGGAGCAGCACCUGAUGUGGGACGACAUCGCCAUCCUGGCGCGCUACAUGCUCAUGCUGUCCUUCAACAACUCGCUGGACGUGGCAGCGCACCUGCCCUACCUGUUCCACGUGGUGACGCUGCUGGUAGCCACGGGCCCGCUGUCGCUCCGCGCCUCCACCCACGGCCUGGUCAUCAACAUCAUCCACUCGCUCUGCACGUGCGCCCAGCUCUGCUUCAGCGAGGAGACGAAGCAGGUUCUUCGCCUAAGUUUGACAGAAUUCUCACUGCCCAAGUUUUACCUGCUAUUUGGCAUCAGCAAGGUGAAAUCGGCAGCUGUCAUCGCUUUCCGCUCCAGUUACCGUGACCGGUCGUUCUCCCCGGGGUCGUACGAGCGCGAGACGUUUGCCCUGUCCUCACUGGAGACGGUCACCGAGGCCCUGCUGGAGAUCAUGGAGGCCUGUAUGAGAGACAUCCCAGGCUGCAAGUGGCUGGAUCAGUGGACAGAACUGGCCCAAAAGUUUGCGUUUCAGUAUAACCCUUCUCUGCAGCCGCGGGCUCUGGUGGUUUUUGGCUGCAUCAGUAAGCGUGUGACUCACGGCCAGAUCAAGCAGAUCAUCCGCAUCCUCAGCAAGGCCAGCCCCCUGCUCAGUAUCGAUCGAGGUCUGGAGUGUUGUUUAAAGGGCUCAGAUAAUUACAACAGUCAGGUUCUCAUUGAGGCUACAGUCAUCGCUCUGACCAAACUGCAGCCCCUCCUGCCUAAGGACUCCCCCAUGCACAGGGCUCUGUUCUGGGUGGCGGUGGCUGUUCUGCAGCUGGACGAGGUGAACCUCUACUCGGCGGGCACUGCACUGCUGGAGCAGAACCUGCACACCCUCGACAGCCUCCGGGUGUUCAACGAUAAGAGUCCUGAGGAAGUCUUCAUGGAGAUUCGCAAGCCUCUGGAGUGGCAUUGCAAACAGAUGGAUCACUUUGUGGGCCUCAACUUCACCUCCAACUUCAACUUUGCUCUAGUGGGACAUUUGCUGAAAGGCUACAGACACCCCUCGUCCAGCACGGUAGCCCGGACCGUGCGCAUCCUCCACACACUACUGGGGCUGGUGGCCAAACACAUGGGCUGUGACCGCUUUGAAGUGAACACCCAGAGUGUGGCCUAUCUAGCAGCUCUCCUCACCGUCUCAGAGGAAGUGCGCAGCCGAUGCAGUCUCAAGCACAGGAAGUCGCUGCUAAUCGCCGAUGUCACCAUGGAGAGCGUUUCCAUGGACACGUUCUCUGUGUACCAUAGCGACCCAGGCUGCAGGACACUGAGGGAGAACCAACCCUGGACGUCUCCCAAAGUGACUGAGCGCUACCUGGCGGCUUACUACCCCACUGUCGGCCAGAUCAGCCCUCGCACACGCAAGUCCAUGAGCCUGGACAUGGGGCAGCCCUCACAGGCCAACACCAAGAAGCUACUAGGCACCAGGAAGAGCUUUGAUCACUUGAUAUCGGACUCAAAAGCACCAAAGAGGCCAGACAUGGAGUCAGGCAUGACCACUCCUCCAAAGAUGAGGAGAGUGGCUGAGAACGACUAUGAGAUAGAGACUCAAAGAAUAGCCAACUCUCACCUCCGCAAGGUGUCUGUGUCCGAGUCAAACGUGCUUCUGGACGAGGAAGUGCUCCAAGACCCCAAAAUCCAGGCUCUCCUGGUCACUGUGCUGGCAACCUUGGUGAAGUACACCACGGAUGAAUUUCACCAGAGGAUUCUGUAUGAGUACCUGGCCGAGGCCAGUGUGGUCUUCCCAAAGGUCUUCCCAGUUGUCCACACGCUCCUGGACUCCAAGAUCAACAACCUGCUGUCCAUGUGCCAGGAUCCGAACCUGCUGAACCCAGUGCAUGGCAUCGUGCAGAGUGUGGUGUACCACGAGGAGUCGCCCCCGCAGUACCAGCCCCUAUACCUGCAGAGCUUCGGCUUCAACGGGCUCUGGAGGUUCGCUGGUCCCUUCUCAAAGCAAACCCAGAUCCCCGACUAUGCCGAGCUGGUGGUGAAGUUCCUGGACGCUCUGAUCGACACCUACCUGCCGGGAAUCGAGGAGGAGGCCAGUGAAGAGUCUCUGCGCACGCCCACGUCUCCUUACCCACCACCCCAACAGAGUCAGCUCAGCAUCACAGCCAACCUGAACCUCUCCAACUCCAUGACCUCACUGGCCACCUCACAGCACUCACCAGCUUCUCUGCCGAGCUCUAAGUCGGCAGUUUUCCCACAACACCUCGUCCUACCAGGUAUCGAUAAGGAGAACGUGGAGCUGUCGCCUACCACAGGCCACACUAACAGUGGCCGCACACGGCACGGCUCGGCAAGCCAAGUGCAGAAGCAGCGCAGUGCGGGCAGCUUCAAGAGGCCCAGCAUAAAAAAGAUCGUCUGAUGGUCAGAGAGCAGCCCUGGAGAUGGGCAGAGAGGGGAGGAGCGGGCAGCCCCGCAGCCCACCCCACUCUUCCACUCAUCCCCAAGUGCUUCCUUUUUCUCUCUCUCUGCUCCAGUUUUU